AUGCGGGAGUCUACUGCUAAGCCAUGGGCGACUGUCCUCGUGACAGUCACCCUGCUGACAUCUGCCCUGGCCUCCCUCAAGGACUGCCUCACCGAUGUUUGUGCAGGCAGGUCAGACUGCGUUGCCUUCGCCGACAACAGACUCGACAUCUUCAACACGUAUCAGUCCAACUGGGUUAAGCCAUACAACCUUGCCGUGGAAGUUACCCCUGACGCCGUUAUUCGCCCAAAAUCUUCCGAAGAAGUUGCCGCGAUAGUGAAGUGUGCCGCGGACAAUGACUUCAAGGUCCAGGCCAAAUCUGGUGGACAUUCCUACGCAAAUUUCGGGCUCGGAGAUGGCGCUGUCGCUAUCGACCUGGUCAACAUCAAUCAGAUGUGGGGUCCAGCGCUGGAUCAUAUUGUCGAGGUAGAGGUGGUGACGGCUAAUGGAACCAUUGUCCGUGCAAACACGGGGGAGAACAACGAUCUCUUCUGGGGGCUGCGAGGGGCUGGAGCCAGUUUUGGAGUCAUCACAGAAUUCGUCUUGAGGACUCAUCCAGAGCCUGAAAAUGUCACUCAGUAUACAUUUGAAAUCACCAUUUCAAAAGACCCGGCGCGACUUGCAGACAUCUACAUGCAGUGGCAAAUACUCGUGUCAGACCCAAGCCUAGAUCGGCGCUUCGGCACAGAACUCGUUAUGUGGCUUGGAGGAAUCACUGUCACAGGGACAUUCUAUGGGACUGAAGAUGAAUUCCACGAGACGGGAAUAACUCAACGUCUACCGGUAAAUGGCACAAUUGAAGUUACCGACUGGCUCGGCUCCCUCGCUGCCCUAGCCGAGAAAGGAGCAUUAAGCACCCUGGCCACAUUCUCUUCCAACUUCUACGCCAAGAGCCUGGGAUUCCGACGGGAGGAUGUUCUCAGCAAGGAGGACGCCACAGAUCUCCUUGAGUAUGCACAGGGAGUGGACAAGGGGACUUUGCUAUGGUUCAUUAUCUUCGACGCGACGGGGGGUGCCGUUGCUGAUGUCCCAACGAACGCCACGGCAUAUGCCCAUCGCGACAAGUACAUGUUCUACCAGUCUUAUGCUGUUGACCUUAUCGAAUUGUCGGACACAACCUUCACCUUUCUGAACGACUUCCAUGAGGAACUGGUAGGGAAGCUGCCUCGUGAGACUAUGACCAGGGGCACGUAUCCUGGUUAUGUGGAUCUGAACAUCUCCGGCAUACCACAAGAACAGUAUUGGGAAGAGAAUCUGUCCAGUCUAGAACAUCUUAAAGCUAUAUGGGAUCCAGGUGAUGUCUUUCACAAUCCACAGAGUAUCCAGCCGGUAGAACCUUAA